AUGGCACAGUCGUUGAAGGUGGCGGUGAUCGGAGCCGGGGUUUCUGGGCUUGCUGUUGCUCGUGAACUUCAAAGAGAAGGCCACCGAGUCGUAGUGUAUGAAAAACAAAAUCGACUCGGUGGAACAUGGAUGUAUGACCCCCGAGUCGAGACCGAUCCACUCGGACUCGAUCCUAAUAGAGAGAUUGUUCAUAGUAGCAUCUAUUUCUCACUUCGCACCAACUCACCCAGACACCUUACGGGCUUCUCAGACUACCUAUUUACCUCUAAGCAAUAUGGGGAUUCUAGGAAUUUUCCUGGACAUGAAGAAGUGCUAAAGUUUUUGGAUGAUUUUGCUAAAGACUUUGGACUCGUUGAGUUGAUACGGUUCAAUACUGAAGUGGUCCGAGUUGAGCGGGUCGACUCGAGGAUCGACGAGUGGGUUGUUGAGUCAAGAACGAGUGGACUGAGUACGGAGGACAUAUUUGAGGCAGUGAUGGUUUGCAGUGGUCAUUAUACUGUACCUCGAUUGGCAAAUCUUUCAGGCAUUGAGAAAUGGCCUGGAAAGCAAGUUCAUAGCCACAAUUAUCGUGUUCCUGAACCAUUUCAAGAUCAGAUUGUGGUAGUGAUCGGAAAUGGACCAAGUGCUUAUGAUAUUUCCUUAGAAAUUGCGACAGUGGCCAAAGAAGUUCAUAUUUCGUCAAGAUCCCCGAAUGUUAAAUGUUCAAAGCUGGACAACCACGAAAAUAUGUGGCAGCAUUCCGAGAUUAACAACAUCUAUGAAAAUGGUACAGUAUGUUUUCAAGACGGAACAGCCAUUUGUGCAGAUAUCAUUUUUCAUUGUACUGGGUACAAUUACGAUUUUCCAUUUCUCCAAACGAAUGGAAUUGUAACCGUGGAGGACAAUCGAGUCGGGCCGUUGUACAAGCAUGUCUUCCCCCCACGGCUUGCUCCUAGACUCUGCUUCGUGGGACUUCCUUCCAGGGUUCUCUUUUUUACCAUGGCGGAAUUACAAUCCAAGUGGGUGACGCGUUUAUUAUCCGGCAAGGCGGUCCUGCCAUCGGAAUCGGAGAUGUUGGCCGAUGUAGAAGAACACUACCGGAAUAUGAAGGAACGCCAGACCCCGAAGCACCAUACCCAUCUUAUUUUACCAGUUGAUGAUCAGUUCGAGUACUUGGACUGGCUAGCGGCUCAAGUGGGACUACCACCGUUGGAUGGGAAGUUAAAAGACAUUCGUAGAGAACUUUCGAGAAUUUAUAUGAGUCCUCAAAGAGUUGGAUGGAGGGAAUGGGAUGUUGACAGCUUCAUCAAUCGGAACUGUUCCUGGGUUGAAUCCAGAAGCCCCCAAAUGGGUAUAAUCAGAAGCAGUUUUACUUUCAUGUUGGGGACAAUCUGUGGAGUGUACAUAGCACAGAACUACAACGUGCCCAACAUCAGAAAACUGACCAACACUGGCGUUUUCAUGGCCAAGAAGGUUGAGGAGACCUAUCGCAAACCCAAGAAGGACAAGGACGAUAAAUCGGACGGCUGA